UUGCAACUUCAAGUACUUGAAGUUAUAACUUUAUGCAGGGGUGAUUUCAAGCACAGUAUUGUGCUUGAAGUUGAUCUCGUGCUUGAAGUUGAUCAUUGCUUGAAGUUACAACUUCAAGUAGAAGAUUAA